CAUCUGCCCAUACAGGUGUCUCCAUCCACCAGUAACCCCACCAUGCCUGUACCGGUGUCCCCAUCUGCCAGUAACCCCACCAUGCCCAUACUGGUGUCCCCAUCCAUCUCACCCCCCCAUUACUGUCAGGGUGCAGCGGAGCCCAUGAGGACCCCAGAGCUUGAAGUGGGCUCUGGGCACCCCGUGCCAAGGCUGAGGUGCCCCCGCCUGCCCCCCUGGCCCCCCGCCGCGCUGCGGCCGCUCUCCCGCGGGGCUGAUGCCGGUCAAUGUUUAACAGGAGCGGUGGUACCUGUUGUGCGGGGCAGCCCAGGCUGGCUGGCGGUGGCUCCGACUGGGAUCGGCCGCGCCUCGGGCACCCCUGGCGAGGGGUGCUGGGGGGGCGAAUGGAGUUGGAGGGGGAGCAGGGCUGGGAACCCCAACCAGGAACACGACCCAGAACGCUCCCACGGGGCCAGGAGAGACCGAGCCCCGGCGAGGAGCGAGAGGGCGCGGUGGCGGGCAGAGAGACACACCUGAGAGUGGUGCUGAGGGUCCGGCCACUGACCUGCACCGAGACGCGUCGAGGGGACCGGCAGGUUGUGCACAGCUUGGGCAAUGGCACCGUCCACGUGAGCGCGGCCAGGCACGAGGCCACCUUCGGGUUCAGCGCCGUGUUCGACGCGGGCGCCUCGCAGGAGGCCGUGUUCGAGGGCAGUGGGGUGAGGCAGCUGGUGGAGCUGGCGAUGGAUGGCUUCUCUUGCACCGUCUUUGCCUUCGGGCAGACCGGCUCCGGGAAGACUUACACCCUGAUGGGACCCCUCACCCAGAGCGAGAAGCAACCGGCAGCCCCAGGGCUGUUGGGGCUGAUGCAGAGAUCCUUCUCCUGCCUCCUGGAGCAGAGCCGGAGCCGUGGCUCUGACCUGGCUCUCAGUGCCUCCUACCUGGAGAUCUACAACGAGCAGGUCCGGGACCUGCUGAGCCCGGGGCCACCGUGUGCCCUGCCCCUGCGGUGGAGCAAAACCCGUGGCUUCUACGUGGAGAACCAGCUCAACGUGGACUUCGAAAGCAUGGAGGCCAUCACUGAGCUGCUCCUGCAAGGAUCCCAGAGGCGACGGACCUCGGCGCACGCCCUCAACAGGCAUUCGAGCCGCAGCCACGCUCUUCUCACCAUCCACAUCUGCAGCCGGGCUCCCAGCGCCCGCCCCAGCAAGCAGGGCACCCUGUGCUUCGUCGACCUGGCGGGCAGCGAGCGGGUGAAGGAGACCGGCUCCAGCGGGGAGCUCUCCGUGGAGGCCAACAACAUCAACCGCAGCCUCCUGGCACUGGGACACUGCAUCUCCCUGUUGGCCAAACCCCGAGGGAAGAGGACGCACAUCCCCUACCGGGACAGCAAGCUCACCCGGCUGCUGGCGCGUUCGCUGGGCGGCUCGGGCAUCACCCUGAUGGUCGCCUGCGUCUCCCCUUCCUCGCGCUGCCUCCCGGAGACACUGAGCACGCUGCACUACGCCAGCCGAGCCCGGAGGGUCACCACCAAGCCCAUGGCCAACAGGAUGUCGCCAGAGAAGCUGCUGAAAACCUUGGAGGAAGAAAUCCAAGCCCUGCAGCUGGAAAACCUCUCGCUGCGCCAGCAGCUGUGCCUGCCCAGGCUGCCGAUGAGGAGUACGGAGGUCCCGGGGACCCCCCCGAGAGUGGGGGCAUGGCCAGGCUGGGGACGAAGGCAUGGCCCUGCGGGGCUGCAUCGCCCCCCUCUUGAAGGGCACCCCCUGGCAGAGGGAGCCCCAGCCUGGCCCAGCCUCUAUGGCCUCCUGAGGGACUUCGUGGUGGAGAAUGAGCAGCUGAGGCAGUCCCAGCUGUCCCCAGACCCUGGAGGUGAUGUUGCAGCCAGCCUGUCCCCUCGAGCCACCCGCAGCUCCUGUGACACCCAGCACCCGCUCCGGAGUGCCCGCGCCCCCCGUGUUCCCCUCGGCCACCCCGCGAGACUCCAGCAGCCCAACACGACGCUGCCAGGUGAGGAUGCAAAACCUCCCCUGUGGUUCCCUCCCUUCUCGCAGAAGCUGCCUCCCACCUCUGGCCGCUCCGGCUGCGCAGGGUGCCCCCAGUGCUGCCCGGCGCCAGCCGAUGCCAUCGUGACCCAGGCGCUGCCGGGGCCCCCCACGCCACAGCCGGUCCCCUCCGAGGGAAGCAUUGGCAUCCUGCCGCCCCGCCAGGAGGACACGGCUCAGCCCGGCUCCCGCCAGCUCCCUGGGCACCAGCAAGGGAAGCGGAGCCGGGGCAGAAGCAGGAGCCAGGGUAGAAGCAGGAGCUCAUCCCAUCGGCACCCGCUCCCCCAGGAGCUGCCAGUCCCCGAGUGCUGUCCCAGCACCGAGGGAAGGGUCAUCCCUUCGGCACCACCAUGGCCGGGACUGCUGGAACCAAAAGGUGCCAGCACUGUCCCCCUCCUCCAGUGGGAAGAGGCACUGGACUGGCUGGCGGAGCAGAUCUGAGCACCAGGAACCGUGAUGUGGACCAGCACCGGGGAUCCGGCACAGCCCACACACGGUUAUUACACCGGAG